AUGGGAUCAAGUGCAAGCUCCUCCUUAAUCAACAACAACAACGGGAAAUCGCAUCAUGGAAUUGGUGAAUUUAACGACAAUGAUCCACAUACCAACAUCAGCCUCCACACUGGAUCGACUCCUCAGACAAAACAAACACCUCUCUCCAACAAAAACAAGGAAUCUUCGACUUCUUUCUCAGCUUUCUUACAAAAAAGAGUGUCCCCUGAAAAGCAUCCGCAACAACUCAAACAUUAUGACGACCUUCACUCCUUGAAUGUGGAUGAUGAGUCUGAAUCAGAUCAAAACAACCACAUCUCUCACCACAUCUCUCACCACCCUUCUCACCUUAAACCUAUAUGCACUAAAAGCAAAUCAUCCUCAACGUACCUUGCUCUAGAAUCCACAAGUUCUGACUGGCGUAACCAUUCUCCCCAGAGACAACGUUCAAACUCCAUCGCACCACCACAACAACAAUUCUCUCAAACGAAUAAGAAUGUAUCCAGUCCAGUUAAAACUCAAUCCUCAAAGAAUGAAAAUUUCGCACCUAAAAAUGUCUGUAAGCAUCACUCCAAAACGAAAACAUCAUCACUUCCAAAGAAGCAGAACAACAUUGUCAAUCAAAAAGACGAAGAUGAUCCACCCAUUUCAGAGGUCAUGGACAGUUUUCGAAAAAUGAAACUCAUCACAUCCAAAACAAACGAUUCCUCCUCUUCUUCAUGCUCUCCCAAUAAGGAAUUAUCUUUCAAGUAUUUAUUACAAAAGUCGAAUAGCCAGUGUGAAGAGUUUUUCAUUGUGGUGACUCCUCCGUAA